GUGGCCGCUGAUUGGUCGCUCAGACGACAUCUGGAUCGCCGCUUCCAGUUGUUGGAGUCUCCGGACCAAACGAGCCCGUGACUCGCGGAGUCGACGGUUCGAGUCUCCCGCGUGGAACCCGGCUUCCUUCACCUCGUGACGUGCCUUGGAGGAGGCGGGAGGAGCGUUCGCGGCUGACGCGCACAGAGGACACGCGCUCGCUCGGAGGCCUGUCCCGGGUCCAGGGGGGAGCGUGUGGAGCCACCCGCUCGCGGACACGGCAUCUGCGGGGGCUCGCUUCUACUCCCUCAGACACAAAGAGGAGCGCUUCUUCCAUUCUCGGACGCCUGCUCCUCCUCCUCCUCCUCCUCCUCCCGCGGUCUGCGGCGGCGUCGACUCUGCCCGGAUACACACCGCGCCUCGAAGACCGCUGACAAGUUUCCCCUCGGAUUAAGGAUCCUGGACGGCACCGGCCUGUCGGGCCGUCCCGGGAGCGGCUAACGGCUCCGCGGCCGCAGAGAUGGGAGUCGUGACUUGUCCGCCGUGAUCGAGGCGCCUCUCCCGGAUCCUCAUGCACAGCUUCUGCAGGGUCAAGAUGCAGUUCCGGACGGUUCUGGACGUCAAGGUUGUGGACGUGGAGAAGCGGCGGAAUCCGUCCAAGCACUACGUCUACCUCAUCAACGUGACCUACUCGGACAACACCUCCCACAUCAUCUACAGAAGAUACAGCAAGUUCUUUGACCUCCAGAUGCAGAUUCUCGACAAGUUUCCCAUCGAGGGAGGCCAGAAGGACCCGAAGAAGAGGAUCAUUCCCUUCCUACCAGGAAAAAUCCUCUUCCGCAGGAGUCACGUUCGGGACGUGGCCAUGAAGCGCCUGCGGUUCAUCGACGACUACUGUCGGGCCCUGGUGCGACUGCCUCCUCAGAUCUCCCAGAGUGACGAAGUGCUGCGCUUCUUCGAGACCAAGGCGGAGGACGUCAACCCGCCGGUGGAGGACUACGGAUCCAAGCGCAAGUCGGUCUGGAUGUACGGUUUCACUGAGAGUCCCAGGAAGGAGGCGUCAGGGCUGGAGGCACUGGAGCCCAUGGUCCUGGAGCAGUACGUGGCUGUGGCCAACUACGAGAGGCAGGAGAACUCGGAGAUCAGCCUGAAGGCCGGCGAGACGGUGGACGUCAUCGAGAAGAGCGAGAGCGGUUGGUGGUUCGUCAGCACGGCAGAGCAACAGGGCUGGGUCCCUGCCACAUACCUGGAUUCUCAGAAUGGAACCAGGGACGAUCUGGAACUGGGCACCUCCAGGACCGGUGAAGUCACCAAGAGGCGCAAGUCCCACCUGAAGAGACUGGACCGACGCUGGACCCUGGGGGGAAUCGUCAACCGCCAGCAGAGCAGAGAGGAGAAGUACGUGACGGUGCAGUCGUACGCGAGUCAGGGCAAGGACGAGGUGAGCUUCGAGAAGGGCGUCACUGUGGAGGUGAUCCAGAAGAACCUGGAGGGCUGGUGGUACAUCAGGCACCAGGGGACGGAGGGCUGGGCGCCGGCCUCCUACCUGAAGAAGCUGAAGGAGGACUUCUCCUCACGCAAGAAGACGCUCACCGGUCCGGUGGAGAUCAUCGGCAACAUCAUGGAGAUCAGCAGCCUUCUCCAGAAGAAGUCCGUCAGCGAGAAGGACAUCCAGACGGACGCGGAGGUGGGCGCCGACGCUGCGGAGCGCCACCUUUCCAAGAGCGAGAUCAGUCUGCCCGUGCCAUACAGCUCGGAAAUCAACGCCGAGACGGGCCGCCGGCUGAGCGCCGGCCGGGACACCAACAGCCCGUGUCUGGGCUUGAUCGCCGCCAGCUCCGUCGCUCACCAUGCCGGUGCGCCGGCCGUGGCCCGAGUGGCGCCCCAUCGCGUGGAGAUCGGAUCCCCCAACCUGCGGCAGAAGCCCCCCCCGAGGCGAGAGAGCCACCUGGGUCUCCACCUGCCCAAACCUCCAGAGCCCCCUGCUGUUGAAGCGGAGUACUACACCAUCGCAGACUUCCAGUCCUCCAUCUCCGACGGCAUCAGCUUCCGAGGCGGACAGAAGGCCGACGUGAUCGAGAAGAAUCCCGGUGGCUGGUGGUACGUGCAGAUUGGCGAGAAGGAGGGCUGGGCUCCCUGCUCCUACAUCGACAAGCGCAAGAAGCCCAACGUCAACCGCCGGAGCAGCACCCUGACGCGACCCAAAGUCCCGCCACCCGCUCCGCCAGUCAAGAGACAGGAUGCAGAAGAGCCACCAGCGGCCAAAGGCUCCGAGCCGGCGCCCCGAGCGGCCUAUGAGGAGCCCCAGUACGACGUCCCUGCCGCCGGCUGCGACGGAGAGUCAGACUCUGAGUGUGUGAAGGAAGCUGGAGGCAGCUCUGCCACCAUCCAGUACCAGCAGUCUCCCCCCGCCAGCAAGGCCGGCCCAGCCUCCUGUCAGGCCUCACCCGUGUUCGGCCGCCGGAGGACGUCCUACCGAUCGGUGGAGGAGGUCUCCAAAGCAGAGAGUGUGUAUGAGAACGAGGGCUUCAGAGCCAGCGGGGCAGCAGCCAAAGGAUCCAGCGAGCCCAGCUCCCCCAGGAGCUAUCGCUCCUCGACGGUCCCACGGAAGCCCUCGGGCUCUUCCCCUUUAGCAGGUCGCCCCAUCAAAACGGUGACUCCCGACAUGACUCGCAGGAGCCAGACCCUGGGGAGGCAGCUGGACGGCGGCCUCAGGUCCCAGGACGACAGUCUGCGUUCCUCCUCUUUCAAGGCGUCAGCGUUGGGCCGUAGCGUGGAGCACAGGAUCGGACAGAGCCCCUGCUCGCGGCCCAAGCCCUCCGUGAGACCCAAGCCCCUGCUGACCAAAUCGGAGCCUCACAGUCCUGAGAGGAGCGAGGCCGGCUCCUUAAGACGCCAGCUCAAACCCGCCGCUCAGUUCCGGCACGGUCUGAAGCCCUCGUGCGGCGAGCCGGCGUCCGUGGGCUCCGCGUGUUCCCGGAGCACCUCGGACCUGCCCUCCGUCUACGCUCAAGGAAGCCGCGCCCACACUCUGUACCGCUCCGUCGACGCCUACCAGAAGGUCCAGGACUCGGAGAUCAGCUUCCCGGCCGGCGUGGAGGUGGAGGUCCUGGAGAAGCAGGAGAGCGGGUGGUGGUACGUCCGCAGGGGCGCCGAGGAGGGCUGGGCUCCCUCCUACUACCUGGAAGCCAGCAGCACAGUGGGGGACGGCGGGAGGUCGGAGUGCGGCAGGGCGUCCGACGGUCUGGAGAAACACCUCCAGCAGCAGCCGGCGCGGCAGAGGAACAGUCCGCCCAUUCCCUCCAAACCUCCGGGAGGCUUCUCCAAGCCCUCGGGCCUGGCCAACGGAGGCGUGCGAAUGAGGAACGGAGUCCGACAAGUGGCCGUGCGGCCGCAGUCCGUCUUCGUCACCGCCACGCAGCCGGCAAAGGAGAGCGCCCACCUGACGGGGUCCCUGCGCCGCAGCGACAGCCGCGGCAGGAGCCAUCACUACAGCUCCGGCUCCGCCACGCUGGGCGUCCGACGAAACGCCUCCUUCAGCACCGUGCGGCCCCACGUGGUGGUGGAGAGCCAGCGGCCCGCCGACAGGUCCGCUCUCACCUCUGCGGCCGGCCAACGCAACGGCGCCUCCGUGUCCACGGUCCGGCCCAAAGCGGCCGAGACGAAGCAGCCGAGCCGCGGCGGUUUGGGACGAGAGCUUUACGUUUCCAUCGCUGACUACCACGGGGACGAGGAGACCAUGGGCUUCACAGAGGGCACCUGUCUGGAGGUCCUGGAGAGGAACCCCAACGGAUGGUGGUACUGCCAGGUGCAGGACUGUCUGCUCCCCCGCAAGGGCUGGGUCCCGUCCAACUACCUGGAGCGGAAGAAGUGAGGCGCUCAGCGUGUGAGAGCAGCGCGGCCGAGGGUUGCAAACGGAACCAGCGCGUCUCCUCAUGUUUCCGUGGCCACGGAGGUCCGGCCAACAAGUGCCUUUCCGGCCACGUCCGAGACGCUUCCGCUGAGUCUCGCUGUUGUGCCGUGAGCCCUGACUGCGGUCGGGUGAGAUGGCUUUCUUCAGAGAACGGCUCAGUCUAGUGACAUCACUUCCUGUACCUUCUGACCUUGCUGCACCAUGAAGGUCAGCUCUCCACCCACGAGGGGAAACACCCUGGCACCCGGACUGCUGGAAGCCUCUUUAUUUAUCCGUCUAUCUGUCAUAAAACCAAAGAAGAGAACAUUUGAAAAUGAUGUGCGCGACGCGGCCUGCAGCCCCUGGUGUUUCUGAAGGUCUGGUCUGAGGUUCCCCUCAUGUCGGGCGGAGGCCAGGAGUGUGGCUGGUCUCCUGUCAGCAGCUCCAGUUUCCGGGGCAGAUCCAGACGGCAGCUCCACUCUCAUGCUGAAGUGACUGUCAAGGUCCGGAAAUGAGCUGAUGCUCCACAUGCAGCCGACUCGGGUGGACCUUUGCUCAGUGACCAAGUCCAGAGGAAGUCCAGCUUCUCUGCUCAGAAUCCUUGAAUGACAUCCGCCAAGUGCCACGCCGGCGACCAGCAAGUCUCUUUGUAUGUCGAAAAAGUGCGGCGAAAUAUUUGGUUGCUUGUUUUCUCACGUGAUGAGUGGUGAGCUGAAGCUUCAGCCGACCACCUCCCUUUGGUUCCUGCGGUGAGCGAUGGAGGACGGAUGAUGGCCGUCUGAUGUGGAGCUGGAAGGACUGUGACCCGUGACCGACAGACAGCGUGACGCUCUUCUCUCUCGCUCCUGGCUGUUUCUCUUCCUGUGAGGACGUGUGCAGAGGGACUGAAGCUGGUCUGCGGAGCUGCGUCCUCCGCUCCAUCAGCUCUUCACGUUCGUGCCUGAGUCUUUGAUUUGCAGGUUGAAGGUUCCAGAGAAGAACCUGGUUUGUGGACCUCCAAUGCCUCGUCUGGUGCCUGCUGCUCUCUUUGGACCCGGGUUCUCCAUCCGUGGGCUGCUGCUGUGAAUCUGUGGUGAGGAAUCUUCAGCGUGGCUGGGGGUGGUGGAGCCACAUGGCAGACGGUGAUGCCAGGUCAUGUUCUGAUCCGGAUGUGAAGCCGUCACUCACUCGCCAACUGUCCACCGUGAGCAGGAGGACGUGUCCCGCCCCGGGCAGCGUCUGUGGCGUCACGGUGAGGUCAGGGCCAGUGGAGAGAAGGUCUGACCCAGGACGUGGUCCGCCAGUGAGCAGCGAUCGCCCUCCUCAGCCGUGUGCCUGCGUGACGAAGCCAAGCCGCUGACCUGCGAGUCAGUACCCGCCGUCGUCCCGAACCUCGCCGCCACCACGUUCUUGUGCUGGAGCGCACUUUGAGAAGCGGAUGUUUUCUACCGCGAACCUGUAUUGUCGACGUGUAGGCAGCGGCCACGUGACCCGUGCGGAGCGCAUUAAAGGCCACGUCCUCACGCAUCUGUGUCCAGGUUUCUCCAGGUCCCGAGUCUCUGCAGACCCGCACAUCUCAGUCACGUGGGACACGAUGACGCCAUCACUUGACUGAGCAAGAGUGUUGUUCCAAGGUCAUCCACUAGAUGUCACCAUCGCUCCCGGCGCAGGUCCAGCUGAUCCUGAUCUGGGCCGCCAAGACUCCUGGGCCUUGUCAUGACCAGAGCCACAGAGCAACACUGCGCGGUGACACCCAAAGUUCUCCUCUUCAUCUGCGUGCUCCUUCGCGGAUAGUUUUCUGGUGCCACACUCAGCCACCGGGCGUCGCGGGUUCUUUCGGCCCCUCUCUGGCCCGGGAGCCUGUGUUGACCUCUCGCACCUUCACAGACUCUCCACCAGCGCGUUGUCAUUCUCUGAUGGGUUGGGUGCCACGCUGCCGGGACACUGCAGCGCCGCCGCCGCCUCCUCUCUCCAAGCAUUUGAACAAAACAAGCAGCGCAUUCAAGACGGGUGCGGUUUGUUCCGACCCCUGCGUCAGACCCGCAGCAUGUGUGACACGGAACACCACGAUUCAAAGGGAACUUUAUAUUUGGUCAUCUUCAACGUCGACACGUCUACAAUCAGCAACCUCUUAAAGUGACAUGGAUCAUCCACCAGCUGCGCACGCGUCAUUAUAAAUACACACACACACACACACACAGCUGAAGUCUGGGGCCCAACACAGGCGGCUUUCUACCUCUGAGACGAACCUCCGAUUGUUUACUGCAAAACCCUCCCGAGCAACACAAACAUUGUGACUAAUGUGAAACACACAACAAAUGUUCUCAUCAUCGAACACCAGCGAGAAGAGAGAAGACAUUCACAGGAGUCAAGAAAGAGGACGAAGCAAUGACAGGAGUGAGACGAAGGAGUGAGAGGGUGGAACAGAGAGGGUGAAGGAGUGAGAGGGUGAAGAUGUGAGA